CUUGAAGGUCUGUGUGAAGAUGAUGGUGUAAACCGGAGAAGUGUGUGAGGUUUGUCAGGGGAGGGUGAGAGGGACAGCGAGAGGCGGAACAAACCGGUGUGUGUCCGGAUACACGCUGAAACGGCUCGCCCGCACUGCAGAUUAACUCUUCAGACGCCGGGGAUGCUCAACACCAAAGCACAAGUCACAGCAUCCGCGUCCUUUGUUUUUUUGGGGGGGAUCUGUUUCUCGUUAUGUGGAGAUCUUUCCUGAUGCUGGUGAUUUGAGCAUAGGAUUCAUGCUCUGCGUGUUCCUCAUUAUAAUCGAGUAAUCUGACAGGUAUGUGACAUCAUGAAGAUUAGAGCCAAAGCAACCCAGUCCUCUCCGUCUCUUUUUUCCGCUCAUGUCGUAUAUAGUAUCGAUAUUUGAUCAUAUCUAUGUCUUAAGCCGCUAUGUGUCAUCCUAGCCAGAGGAUCCAGUGAUGGACAGCUCCUCGACCGAGCGUUUUUGCAGAAGUGGAAUAGAUAUGAUGAGAAAUUCAUCCCACCUGUCAAUAUAAGCAACAAAUCUACCUCUGGCAGGAUCAGCCAUCAAUAACCCAUCAACUCAGGCUGACCACAAAGCUUCCUUUAUGACUCUUAGAAGAUCCACUUUCAUCCUUCAAGUCAACACCUCUUACAUAUAACUCAUUAUAUUGUUGCAGGGAAAAGCCCUCAGCCAAUCCAGUGGCUGACGGGUUGGGAGAAGGAGGAGGAGCUUCAGGUCCCAUCAGGAGUGUUGUGAGGAUAGUGGCGAGUGGGCUGCUGGUGCCGAAUGCAGAACAUCCUCGAGCAGAACUUGGACAUGGCCACGGCUCUGCUUGCGGGUGAGAAGUUGAAGGAGUUGAUCCUGCCGGGUUCCACACAGGAUGACAAGGGUGGUGUUCUGGCGGGUCUCAUGGUGCAACUCAAACUAGAGUUGCCCUUUGACCGGGUCGUCACCAUAGGAACUGUCAUCAUCCCUAUACUGCUGGUCACAUUAGUUUUCACACGGAACUUUGCAGAGGAAUCUAUAUAUUGCUACACCCCACACAACUUCACACGCGACCAGGCCCUGUAUGCCAGAGGCUACUGCUGGACAGAACUGCGGGAUGCAGUGCCUGGAGUCGACCCCCAGCUUCGGCCCUCCUUGUUUGAGCACAAGUUUCUGCCCUACGCUCUGCUGGCCUUCGCAGGCAUCAUGUACAUACCUGCCCUGGGAUGGGAGUUCCUGGCCUCCACUCGACUCACCUCUGAGCUCAACUUCCUCCUGCAAGAGAUCGACAACUGCUACCACAGGGCGGCCGAAGGCAGAGCACCCAAGAUUGAGAAGCAGAUCCAGUCCAAGGGGCCAGGGAUUACAGAACGUGAGCGGCGGGAGAUCAUUGAGAAUGCAGAGAAGGAGAAGAGCCCCGAGCAGAACCUGUUUGAGAAGUAUCUUGAACGCCGUGGGCAGAGUAACUUUCUGGCUAAGCUGUACCUGGCGCGACAUUUAGCCAUCAUCUGCCUCAGCUCAAUACCCAUAACAUACCUGAGCACCUACUACGCCCGUCAGAGGCAGAACGAGUUCACUUGCGCGCUUGGCGAGCCACCGGACACUAGCAGCAUCCCUGAACUGCGGCUGAAUGUUAACUGCAAGCUUCCAGCUGUGCAGCUCCAGCGCAUUAUGGCCGCAGUGGACAUCGCUUUGCUGUGUACUAUGAACCUCAUUAUACUUGUGAACUUGCUGCAUUUGUUUGUAGUUCGGAAGUCAAAUUUCGUCUUCGACAAGCUGCACAAAGUUGGCAUUAAAACACGCCGGCGCUGGCAGAAGUCACAGUUUUGCGACAUUAACAUUCUGGCCAUGUUCUGUAAUGAGAACAGAGACCACAUUAAGUCUCUCAACAGACUGGACUUUAUCACCAACGAGAGUGACCUCAUGUAUGAUAAUGUGGUACGGCAGCUGCUGGCAGCGUUGGCUCAAUCCAACCACGAUGCCACUCCAACUAUGAGAGACUCUGGGAACCAGACUGUUGACCCCAGUAUGGACCCCUCAGUGCUGGGGGUGGGAGAAUUGGGAGGAGAGCCCUCAGUAAUCAAGAGACCCCGCAAGAAGAUGAAGUGGAUCCCAACAUCUAACCCUCUGCCACAACCUUUUAAGGAACCCUUGACUCUAACCAGACUGGAAAAUAGUAUAAAGGCAGACAAACCUAAACCAGUCCGAAGGAAGAAUGUACCAGAUAGCAUUAUUGCUCCACUUCUGGACAGCAAGAGCACACAACAUCCUCCUACAAACAAAGCUGCAGAAACAAAUAAUAUAGAGAAGAAACACACUCUUAACCUCUCGCUGGAUCUUCAUCCUUACAUGCUAACCAUCCAGAAAGCAAAAACAGAAACGGUCAAUCCUGAGCCAGCCCCCGUCGAGCACUCUCUCAGUAAUGUGUUUAUUGAGGGUCCACAUACAGUUGUCCAUGUCUCCUCUUCUCAUACUGAGAAGAAAGAGUCUCCUCCACUGUUGACCACCACUGCCUUCUCCACAGCCACCCUCUCCACAACAUCAUAUAUGAAUGGUGGAGCGACCAGCUUGCAACCUCCAGACUCCCCGAAGGUCAAAGAUCCUCUCAACCAAGGGACAGAGCCUGAGAGCCAGCCCGGGCCUUUUAGUCGAAACCCCUCACACCCGCUGCUGAGCAUCCAUCACACUUUGUAUGAGGAUGAGGAGGAGCAAAACAGAAGGGAUAGACUAGCCAGACCGGGCGAGUUGAUUGCUGCUGGAGAAUGUUGAAGAAAAAUGUAGACACAUGCCUACACACACACACAAAUGCAAAAGCACUUAGAAUAUAAACUGAAGCACACAGGAAUAGGGUUAUGUUAAUGGUUUUGCCAUUAUGAGUGGAGCUCAGAUUAUUUCAUUUUCAGAGAUGAAGAUUAUUGGGGCAGCCAAUCUUUAACAUAUUUUAUACUCUUAUAGAUGCACUUUAUUAUUUUUGUUUAUGUUAAACUGGAGUUUUCAAUUACUGGUGGAUUAUUAAAAACACUGUUAAUUUCUUUGUGUAAAAAUAAGUGCACCUUUCAAAAUCAUCUCCCAGCCUUACAUUCACAUAUUAGGACAUGUGUAGUUUGAGGGAAAAUAAAAUCACCCAUGACCUUGGUGCUCACCAUAUGGGUUAAUGCGUUCCCUAUGACAUUCCAAAUGAAGGCAAGGCAUGUCAGAAUUUUGCACAAAGCACCAUUUGUUCCUGUAUCAUCAAUGUCUACAUGGUUUCAUGUUGUUUUUCACAAUCAAUGUCUGUUUCACAUAGAUGUCUUGAGGUAUCCAACGCAAUACAUGCAUUCUUAAAAUAUGCAACCUCACGUUUUAUUGUCGCAAUAAUAUGCACACUUGGAAUGUAUAUAUUAAGCUGUACAGAAAAAAAAUCUGAUGAGAGAUUUUAGGCAUUCUUUUAUAAAAAAAAGACUGUCACAUGGCGUGUUCAUCCACACACCUCUGGUGCACUUAUUUAAUGAGACAAUAUCACUCUGGGUCUUUGGGUCAAGUGCUCAAAGACAUCCAACUCCAGAUCAUCAGAAAAAAUAAGGAUCCUUAUACCAGCUUUUCUGAACAGACAGAGUUGUGAUGGAAAGAUUUCAGCUUCUUCAGCUGGACAUUUUCGAACUGAAGAGGAUUCAUAAAACAUGCUUUUGAUACCUAAAUCACCAUGAACCAGUUUGUGUACGUGUCAUUCCACCUUUGUAAAUCCUUGAUAUUCACUUAUGCAUUUUGUGGUAAAGUAUAACACACUUUUGUGAUUGUGAGUGAAUACAAGAAGCACACAAUUAGAAUCCAAGAGCACCUCUAACCACAAGGCAUGAGAUUGAUAUAAGAGAUAGCUGCUGCAGAUCACUGUUUUUCUAGCACAUAUGCAUAUAUCAAGUGCAAUAUUUUGAUAAUGAUUAUGUGAUACAGGGAACGCAGAUCAUGAAUGACAAUACCAUUAGAGGGGAAGGCACUGCACCUGAUUUUCCAGGCUUGAAUUUUUUGAUGAGAAUAUAAUAUGAUGGUGUUAUGGGUGCUAAUUUCAAACUUGAGCCAAUAUGUUAAAAUGGGGUUGGACAAAGUAUGUUUAAAAAAAAACGUUCAUGGUCAUGUUACCUUAUUUAUUUUGUUCUUGCGUUUAGGGGAAACAUUGGAAAUGAAUAUUUGUUUUGUAGUGCCAUUUCAUUCUUUUUUCUUUAUUUUAUUUUAGUUUUUGUCUAUUUUGUGCCACAAAUUAUUGACAAAUGUUUGUGUUUAAUAUAUGUAUAUUUAUGGAACUGCAUUAUUUCAACCAAGUAACCUGCUUAGAAAAAAUUAUUAAUCUAUGCCAAAAAGAGAAAAUGUUAGAUUAUCACGUGGGUUGUAUACUGCAUGUUCAAUAGUUAAUUAAACACAUGCUACACAAUUUACAUGGGGAAAAAAACAUGAGUUUGUAUCACCUAGUCUGUCUUUAUCUCAUCUUUAUCAGCCCUUUAUCUUUUUUUUAGCCUGUCUCUAAUAUGUAUAUGUUCGAUGAGAUAUUUCUGUUACAGGUGAACCUCAGAAAGAGGUGUAUAAGGUUCACAAUGUUGUAAAAUGGUGUAAGCAAUUUUUAAUAUCAUGCAUAAAAUGCUUACUACUACCUCACAAAAACAAACCAGAAUGAUGAGAAAUCCCACCUGUCUCUCUAAGAGUCCCACAUAAGCUCUGUUAAAAGCAUUCAGCAUUUUUAGCUAAUAUGAAACACCUUUUUUUCACAUUUGGGCUUGACAUCGCAUUGGUUAUGAUGGCAGGACAUCGCAGGGUAAUGAAUUGUAGUUACCAUAAUAAACAUUGUUUUAAAA